GAGGCCCUAUACGCAAUGGGAAACUUUGAAUACGCUUUAGUGCUUUAUCAUCGAGGUCAUAAACUUCAUCCAGUGCUGCAGGAGUUCAGACUCGGGGUUCAAAAAGCCCAAGAAGCCAUUGAGAAUUCUGUGGGAAGUUCUUCUGCUUUGAAACUGGAGGAGAAUAUAGAGCUGCCUUCAAGUAAACAGGAAGAGGUUCCCAAACAGAAGUUUAAUAUGAAGAUUAAGAGAAAGGAUGAAGGGCAGCAGAAGAAGAAGAUAAGAGAGAUCCCAAAAAAUGAGGAGAUGGAUGUAGAGUUGGUUGGUGCAUAUUAUAUAGAAAGAUUGUCUCUGGAAGGUAGAAUAAAGGAUUUUCUUUCUUUAUUAUUCUGAAAAAAUCUAACGAGAUCUGACGUUUUUUAAAAUGAUAAUUAU